CCUAUGACGCAGGCGCCCUGGGCUCUUUGGGCGGGAAAAGGCCUAGGCGGACGCGGCAGCCGCUUGGACAGGCUCCCUGCGGCUUUGGCGGAACUGCGUCGCCCGGCAUGGGGCUGCUGGAGCUGUGCGAGCAGGAGUUCCGCACCGCCGACCUGUACCGGGUGCUGGGCGUGCGGCGCGAGGCUUCCGACGGCGAGGUCCGCCGCGGCUACCACAAGGUGUCCCUGCAAGUGCACCCCGACCGGGUGGACGCGGGCCAGAAGGAGGAUGCCACCCGCCGCUUCCAGAUUCUCGGGAGAGUCUAUGCGGUUCUAAGUGACAAAGAGCAGAGAGCAGUGUACGAUGAGCAGGGGACAGUGGAUGAGGACUCUGCUGGGCCCAGCCAGGACCGGGACUGGGAGGCGUAUUGGAAGUUGCUGUUUAAAAAGAUAUCUCUAGAGGACAUUCAAGCUUUUGAAAAAACAUACAAAGGUUCUGAAGAAGAGCUGGCUGAUAUUAAACAGGCCUAUCUGGACUUCAAGGGCGACAUGGACCAGAUCAUGGAAUCUGUGCUUUGUGUGCAGUACACAGAGGAACCCAGGAUAAGGAACAUCAUUCAACAAGCUAUUGAUGCCAGAGAGGUCCCAUCCUAUAAUGCCUUUGUCAAAGAGUCAAAACAAAAAAUGAAUGCAAGAAAAAGGAGGGCUCAGCAAGAAGCUAAAGAAGCAGAGCUGAGCAGGAAGGAGUUGGGGCUUGAGGAAGGAGUGGGUAACUUGAAAGCACUCAUUCAGAGCAGACAAAAGGACCGGCAGAAGGAAAUGGACAGUUUUCUGGCUCAGAUGGAAGCAAAAUACUGCAAACCUUCCAAAGGAGGGAAAAAAACGGCUCUCAAGAAAGAAAAGAAAUGAUGAGAUUUUUCUCUUCAAUGAUCCUUAGGUAUUCCUUGUGCCCUGGUAGACAAGGUGAAGAUUACAGUUAAUCUAACCUUUGAGAGAAGUUGUCUUUUCUGCCUAAAUUACUCAGAUCAACUAAACCAAGUAGGAUCUCUUAAUCUGAUCUUAAUAUUUCUUAGAACUCACCUACACUGUGUGAGGUCCUCAUGUGAAGGAAUGUGGUAGUGAUAGUUGGAAGGGUAGAAUACUUGACAGCACUUGCUUCCGUGGGCCUUCUGCCCAAGGGAGCUUUAUUUUGGGUGUUGGUCUCUGUGCACUGCUUUUGCUGCCUGUAUAUCCAUUAGAAGACAUACUCUGCCUCUUGGGAACACCCCAGAACACUUGCUGAACAGCUCUUUAAAUCUUUAACUUGCUUUGGUCUUAAUAAUCCUAAAUAGACCCUCUCUUUUUCGUUCAGUUUUGUACUCUUAUCCUUGAAAUACAGGAGAAAUGGGUGUUCAUAUUCCUUCAAACCUUUUUAUAAGUCUUGUAUAUGGCUAAAUAAAAAAUUAAAAGGUCUGGUGGAUUUUUAAAUGACCCCCCCUUUUGAUCUAGGAAAAAAAAUGGUGCUUUAGAUAGAAAAGAGGACAUAGAUAAUCUAGUUAGUGUUGCAACAAGCAGCCUGGUUUGGUGAUGUAGUCAUGUCCUUCAGCUGCUCAGUGUUCUCAGGCAGUUUACUGAACUUGUUUGAACUUACUUUAUCUGUAAAGGAGUGAGAGCCACAUUCAUCAGAUUGUAUGUAUUAAAUAUACCCAGAGUUUUUUGUGUUUGUUUUGAGACAGGGUUUCAUGGAUCCGAAGGCUGGCUUGAAACUCACUGUGUAGCUGAGGAUAACCUUGAACUUCUAGUCCUCUGCCUCUACCUCCAUGUGCUGGAAUUACAGGUGUGCACUGCCACACCCAUUUCUGCGCUGCUGGAGAUUGAGCCAGGGUUUUGUGCAUGUUAGGCAAGCACUCUACCAACUGAGCUGUAUCCUAAGCUACCCCACCCAACCCCAUACCCUGAAUUUUAAAAAAUAAAAAAUUAUACUAGCUUUGAGGGAUACAUACUUAAAAAGGGCAAGGAAUUUGCUAAAUGGCAUCUUAGAGAUAACUUUCUGACUCCUAAAAACCUUGAAAGGCAAGCCAUGUAGAUCUGAUAGUUUUAGCAGACUCAGUACUGAUUUGUGAGAACAGAUUUUCAUUUAUAUUUAGAGUUGGAAUGUAUUCACUAGAAUAUAUGGCAUAGUUUAAGGGCUGUUGAACUGAUUUAUAGAUUAAUAUAUUUAAUACCUUGCAGUAAACAAGCCAUUUGCUAUGGAGCAUUACAAUUUAAGGCAGACACAUUAUUUUUAGUUUGUGAUUACAAUCAAGUUAAAAAUACUCUUUAAUUGUAUUAAAAAUAUAAUUUAAUGUGUUCAUUUGAUAACAUUAGAAUACCUUGGAAUAAUUAAAAAUUCAUCCUAAAUGAC